CUCUGUGAAUGUACGUAGAUGUCAUUUCUCAAGGAAUGAGAAACCCAUGGCACUGAUUGUUUCCUACUCUUUCCUCCCAGAUGUGUUGCAUCAAUGUUACUGGCAUAUUUACCGUGGAAGGGGAGUGCCAGAGGUCUGUCGUAAUGGAGAGGAUAGCUGCGUUUCAAAUUUUACUCGAUUUAAUUUAGAUGAUAUGAUAAUAAAAACAGAAAAUUGGGGAUGCACUUCAGAUUGUACGCCAGGGGAUUACAGCUUUACUACACUAGAAGAUAUAUAUUUCCGACGUAGAAUACACUGCUGUCAGGGUGAUUACUGCAAUAACCAAUCCGCACCCGAGUCGGAUCCGCCCUACAAUGGUUUGGUGUGCCCAGGCUGUAUUUCUUCCAGCUUUGAAGAUUGUCAGGACUCAGAGACUGUCAGGUGUAGAGGUGAAGAGAAUCUGUGCAUAGAGUUUGUGAUGGCUAAUUGUAAGUACUGUGGUUAACCAUUGAGCCAGAGGUGGGAGGUGGACACAGUUUGCUAGG